GGCUGGCCGCGCCUGCGGACGCAGCGGUUUCCGGCGAGUCGCGCGGUCCUGGGGCCCGGGUGUGGGACGGGGUUAAGCGCGUCAUCCCUUCCCGCGGGUUGAAGUCAUGGCCUCCCUGCUCGCCAAGGACGCCUACCUGCAGGACCUGGCCAGGAAGAUCUGCGUUCAGCCGGGCCCGGAGCCGCCGAGGCGCCAGCGGGCGGGCAAAGCUCGAGGCUCAGAAGCUUUUGGGCCCCCAAAAAAGAAAAGGAAGAAAACACAAAAGAAGUCUCGAGAGCGGGAACAGAAGUCUGCAGAGCGCAAGGCCAAAUCCGAGGGGGUGAAGUCUCCAAUGGCUUCUGGGUCCAAGAAGCCAGCAGCAGUUAGAGAGGAGGUUUCUAGCCCCACUAGAGCCCCUGAAGAUGGCCGUGCCUCAGAGCCUGGCUCUGUCUUUGCCCUGGAGGUUCUGAGACAGCGGCUGCAUGAGAAGAUCCAGCAGGCCCGGGGCCAGGGCAGCACCAAGGAACUGUCUACAGCCACUCUGGAGAAACGGCGCCGGAGAAAGCAGGAGCGGGAACGAAGGAAGAGGAAGCGGAAGGAGCUGCUUGCCAGGAAGAAAGCAGCCCAGACUCAGGAGGCAGAGGAGAAGGAGCCAGUGGCUGAGGCGGCCCCAGGGGUGGCCUGUGCAGAGCGCCCAGAGCCGGCGCUGAUCUUCAAUAAGGUGGAGGUGAGUGAGGAGGAGCCAGCCAGCAAGGCCCAGCGCAGGAAGGAGAAGCGACAGCGGGUGAAGGGGAACCUGACGCCGCUGACAGGCAGGAACUACCGGCAGCUGCUGGAGCGCCUGCAGGCACGGCGCGGCCGGCUGGAGGAGCUGCGUGAGCAGGAUGCAGGCAAAGCCCAGGAGCUAGAGGCCAAAAUGAAGUGGACCAAUCUGCUGUACAAGGCGGAGGGCGUGCGCAUCCGGGACAACGAGCACCUGCUGGAGGACGCGCUGAAGCGCAAGGAGAAGCGGCGGGCGCAGCGGCAGCGGCAGUGGGAGAAGCGCUCAGUGCAGGUGGUGGAGAAGAUGCAGCAGCGGCAGGACAAGCGGCGCCAGAACCUGCGCAAGAAGAAGGCCGCACGGGCCGAGCGGCGCCUGCAGAAGGCCCGAAAGAAGGGCCGGGUGCUGCCGCAGGACCUGGAGCGGGCCGGCCUCGCCUGAGCCCUGCUGGACCCUCUCCCGCCCAGCGCCCAGCACCGCCCUGCCACACCUUCCCUCCGACCCACCUUGGCUGUCUCUCUAUGCAGGCGGUGCAUGACGCUGGGACAGUCCCCAGGGUGUUUGGCCACAUCCUCAGACCACAAGGGGCGCCCAGCAGCGCCAGUGGCCUCUGAGGUGGGAGCUUCUCAGGGUCUUCAGGUCAGGGAGGAAGGAAGUGGGCGUGGCGCAGGGGGGACCACCCACUGGUGGGGGGUGCUCGGGAAGGCGGGGCCUCAGCCAGCUGCCUUGUCCAAACCUCAGUGGGAUGGGCGGAGGGGAGGGGUGCCCCAAGGGGAGCAGGUGCGAUUCUGGGCCUGGACACCAAGGCCUGCCUCCCGUUCCAGUCUCCUUCACAGUCCUCACAGCGCCCUUGAAGCUCAGAGCCCAAGUGGAGGGAGGGAGGGGAGUCUUCCCAGGUCAGGGCCACAUGGCCACAUGCAGGCCGUCACUGGCUCAAGGGCUGUGAGGCAGUAGUUGGCACCUCCUGGGGUCGGGUUGAUGCUGGCCUGCUGGUACUGGAGGCACGGGUGUGGAGGCAGUGUGGAAGUGGUUAGGAGCCUUGGGCAUUUCUCUGUCUGGAGGCAGAAAAUCAGCCCAGCUGAGCCACCAUUGGAGAGGGAGCCCACAGGUGACGAGAAGUGAAAGCAGACAGGCACCAGGGUGCAGCAGCUUCCUGGGCUCCAGCCUCUCCCAAGAGGCUGGCUGUGCUGCUCUGUGGAGUCUCGCUCAACGAGAGACAGAAUGGCGGGCCCAGUGGUCGGGGAAAUCCUGGGAUUGGGGGCCCGGUGGCAGCACAGCAGGGCACCCUUGGGUCCUCCUUGAGAAAUGCCGUCCCCCUGCAAGGAUGUGGACAGUGGGCAGCCUCUGGGCCUGAGCUCGUCUGCCCCAAGCAGGACUCCUGUCCUGGGGCUAGGCUGCAGCGUUGGCAGCUCCGGGUGGUGGUAUGGUCUACCCCAUUCUCCUGCCCUCUGUCCUUCACAGGCGGGACCCCAGUAAACGCUUGCACUGCUAA